AUGGAUCUCCCAAUUAUGCCUCCACAAGACACAACCCCAGGGCUAUCGACGCCAACUCGAAUUCGACGGUCCUCCUCACACAUUUCUCGAAAGACAAGCUGGGGAACUCCAAUCCCUCCUCCGUCAGUUUCUCAACCUGUAACAAGCGAAGCUGGCCUUCUUAAUGUCGACUUAGCCUCAGAUCCUGGAUCAAGUGGUGAAGGCGAGCUCUGGAACACUUUGGAUAAUAUUGCUGCUUUAGGAUUGUCAUUCAACGGUGAAGGCCUGCAAACUGAGGAAAAGAUAAUCCGGCACAGAUUUUCCCUAGAUGAUGUUGAUAGUCUUGCAAACUGUUCACAUCCAGUGGAAUCCGAGAUCCCCUUCAAGAAGUGGGUUAGUACCAUACACCGAAGAGCUGGACAGCGAAGGAAAACGGUGAGCUGUGACACUCACGACACGUCAAUGAAGAAAGAUUACUUGGACUCGCCAAGAACACAAAGGAAAUCGGAACACAAGAAAUCUUCGUCGGGAUCAUCAUUCGGAUUUGUUACAGCGAUGAAAAGUGCAAGCAUCAGUCUCGCAAGCAUCAGCAUUGCUCCAAGGUCAAGAAGGACCGCAGCUUCUUCUUCGAGGAACCACAAGACAGACCGCAGCAAUAAUGCUUCACAUGUCGCUCGUUUAUCUGAAGACAGCUCAUACCUUGCUCGAGGUGUUGUCAUUGAUCAGGCUGUUACCAAUAGACUCUUGCGACGACGUCGAGUUCUGGAGGAGAUCAUCAGCACGGAAGAGAGUUAUCUUGCAGAUGUCAAAUUUUUGAUGAAUGUUUACGUUACCCUACUGGCAUCAAUUCCGAGCUUGUCGUUAAGUCUUCGCACUUCGAUCAACCGCAAUCUCAACGAAAUUGUAGAGCUUCAUGAAGAACUUCUGGGAGAACUUCACCGCGUUAUUCCUCAUUCAGAAUAUACGCAAGCAGAUCACGCGGAGUCUUCACUCUCCCCGCCAGUUAGCGGUCACCAUAGAUGGCGAAGCCUUGAUGCCGUUCCAGAGAACUCCAAAGGGUCUUCUUGGCUUCAAAAAGUUCCUGGUAUGACAGCAGAACCAGAGAUCGCUGCUAAAGUCGCCAAUGUGUUUGGUAAAAAGGCAAACGUUGCGUCAACUUAUCGGACAAUCCCACAAUGGCAGGUUUAUCAAAAAGGAUUAGAGGCGCUGGCAUCGUCUCUCGCUUCUAUCAAUAAUCAGCAGAGUGGUUCCAAGAAGUCGCUCACUGUGGGUGACUUACUGGUCAAGCCAAUUCAAAGGGUUUGCAAAUAUCCGCUUCUGUUGGCGGAGCUUCUGAAACAGACACCAGUCUGUGAUUGCCCAGACUCUCAUAUGGCCAUUGAAAACGUCUUGAUUCGACUGAGAGAAGCCACCAGGGAGAUAAACCGAGCUACAGAUGAUCCACGAAUGAAGGUCAUUAUAGAAAAGUCAUGGCUGCUUCAAGACCGAUUGGUGUUUCCUGAUAGGCCUGAAACCCGUUCAAGAAGUGCAAUCCGUUCCCUUGGUCGGAUUCAUCUCUGUGGAGUUUUGCACAUCUCAUGGCAAACAAAAGAGGGUGCUAAUGGUCAAUAUUUGAUCAGCUUGCUCUAUCGAGAUUUCUUGCUACUCGCUUCUGCUUCGAAGUCAGAUCAGGUGUAUAGUAUUCAGGCAUGCAUUGCCCUUCAUGAGCUGAAGAUUGAGGAGGUGGACAACGGAAGGGGCUUGCAAUGUCAUACGGUACCAUUCUCAUGGAAAUUGGUAUUUGAAUGCGAUCAUCAGCUUUUCGAGAUCACGAUGAGCGCAUGUUCUCCCAAAGAAGAAUUAGAGUGGCGAAGCCGAUUAACGGAUCAUUCUUGCAAAGAUCCACUGGAUGCUGGCGAACAAGCUAUUCUCACGAGGCUAUCUCUGCCAAUCAAGUCUAUGGGAACAGUCUUUGGCAAGCCUGGGACGGUGGCUCGACGACUUUCAAUCCACAGAGCUACAACAGUUGGUCCCACAACAGGACUUUGUCAGGUCAUCAUCAAGAAUACCAAUGCAUUCAAGGAGUCGUCAUCGUCAGCAAAUAUCAAUCGAUCGCAAUCACUUCUGACAACUAAUCGCGUUCCAAUCAUUGCAUCGACACGAGCUGACCGAAUUCGUCUAGAAAAUCUGCUUGCUGACGUCUGGUCCCGAGAUAUUUUGCCUUACCCCGGAAUGAGUGGGAGAGCACGCAGUGAGCACCUCGUUCGUGCCUCUGCAAGUUCCAUGAUGCGAAAGCUCAGUGUUGCAAGCAUUGCAAGUAAUUUCACCAAGAGAUCUGGCAGUAUCACCAGUCUUCAGAAGACGGCCGAUGAUGACUUUGGGAAUGAGUUUGAAUCAAACAGGGCUCGGACGAACUCGCCUCAAACAGAACACAGCCCAAACGAUGGUAGCAGUCGACAAGACUCGGACGAUCCGACAAUGUCUCGGCUUUCGAUUAUUCAGGAUGAAAAGGAGAAUAUCCGAACUGGCUCAUUUGAUACUAUCCCAGGAAUCCGCAGUGCUUCAAAUGGUAGUCCUGCGAGUACGCUCAGAAGAAUGGCCACUGCGUCAGUCAAGAAAGGGUUGGGGCACGAUGGUCAUAGACACAUCACUCCUCCGCUGAGAACGUCUAGCGCAAAUAGUUUUGGUCAGACUAUGAAUCGGGCUGCAUCGGCGCCAAAUGUACCUGACAUGCUCGUCGAAGAGAAAGAGACAGCUCAACAGGGCCAUACCUCUCCAUUUGGACAUUUGAGUCAAAAAUCUGCGAAGAAGGUGAAGGUUUUCAAAAGCAGUCGUAUGGUUCCUGAGGGUAUCCGGAGCUUGUUUCGUUAG